CACCACUCACCACACAGCCCCCCACGCCUCGGUACGUUCCAACGCCACAGCUUUGCGUGCAAUGGCACUGGUCUCCGCCUCCUCCUCCACCACCACCGCCGUCGCGGCCCUCCCCAGGAAUAAGCUGCGGGCGUCCUUCCUCGGCGGCAGCAGGCUGCUGAGGCAGGCCGAGGCGGCGCGGCCGUCGUUCGCAGUGCACGCCGCGGUGGACCCCGACAGGCCCAUCUGGUUCCCCGGAAGCACCCCUCCGCCGUGGCUCGACGGCAGCCUCCCCGGCGACUUCGGCUUUGAUCCCUGGGGCCUCGGAUCGGACCCGGAGAGCUUGCGGUGGAACGUGCAGGCAGAGCUGGUGCAUUGCCGGUGGGCGAUGCUGGGCGCGGCGGGUAUCUUCAUACCGGAGUUCCUGACCAAGAUCGGCAUCCUCAACACGCCGUUCUGGUACACCGCCGGCGAGCAGCAGUACUUCACCGACACCACCACCCUCUUCAUCAUCGAGCUCCUCCUCAUCGGCUGGGCCGAGGGCCGCCGCUGGGCCGACAUCAUUAAGCCCGGAUCCGUCAACACCGACCCCAUCUUCCCCAACAACAAGCUCACCGGCACCGACGUCGGGUACCCUGGUGGGCUGUGGUUUGACCCGCUCGGCUGGGGCAGCGGCUCGCCGGAGAAGAUCAAGGAGCUGCGCACCAAGGAGAUCAAGAACGGCCGCCUCGCCAUGCUCGCCGUCAUGGGCGCCUGGUUCCAGGCCGAGUACACCGGUACCGGCCCCAUCGACAACCUCUUCGCCCACCUCGCCGACCCUGGCCAUGCCACCAUCUUCCAGGCCUUCACCCCCAAAUGAGGAGUUGGAGUUUAGCCAUUUGAGGAGUGCCACCACGCAUGCAUGGGGGAGAAGAUUGUUAGGUUGAUGGCCGAUUGCAACUUAUUUUUUUGGGUUCGGAGUAGAUUGUCGUCAAUGAUGGUAGUGUGGUUUGUGGAGCAAUGCAUGCAUGUUGAUCAUGUACUUGUACUAUGUUGUAACCAAUGUAAAAAUGCAAUACUCACUAGAUGUGUCCUCUUCACUGAA